AUGGAAGAGCAGUAUAACGAGUAUCGCAAGAUAGGUUUGUCUUCGAGGAAAUCGCAAUCACUGAAAUCUCGAUAUCAUCGAUUGAAUAGAUCGGUUCAAGCAUUUGUUGGCUGCUACAAGGAAGCUAACAAUUAUCAUAAAAGUGGUUACUCGGAGAAGAAUAUCAUGGAUGAGGCGUGUGCAUUGUAUACUAAAUAUAUCAAUGGUGAUUUCAAAUGUGAGCAUGCAUGGCAGUUGUGGAGAGAUGAAUCAAAGUGGAAGGGAGAAUUAAUGUUCAACCAUUCAAGGAGACAUAAGCAUUCUAUUGAUGGUGUGUACACAUCAUCUUCUAGCCCGAGCACGCUAAUCGAUUGUUUAAAAUAUGAGCAUGCACAACCAUCAACCCACUUAACUAGGCAGAAGGCAACAAAAAGAAAGGCCAAAGCAAAAACAUCUAAUGCAUCUUCUAACUACAUGGACCUUUCAAAUUGGGAAGCUGGUGUGACUAAAAAAUGA